CUAGCCGGGGUGGGUCACCCCUGUCACGCAUCGCCACUCGGGCGAGACCACAGAGGUACAACUGCGCUGGGACGGCUCGAGUUACCCGGGACAUCUACUCCACCCGGAGUAGAGCACAAGCUCCUGGAAGCGGGAAGGAGAGAGCGAGUUGCAGAAGGAACAUGAAGCCUGCUACAGAGACAGAAGAUCGUUAGGAAAUGAGAUUGGGAGUUCAGAGGUCACUUUGAAACAACCCAGAAUUAAUAUCUGCAUCUGGCUACAGGUAAGAAGAACUUGGGGAUGCUGGGCCCUGCUGUUUGUGAACAGAGAAGGGUUGGUGGGAGAUGUGGUGGUUGGAGUCUGUCUUGGGCAUAGUGGUCUUGAAAGGAGAGUUUUCUAUUCUCCAUUUUCCAUUCAAGUAUGGAAUGGAGUCACAAAACUUCUACCUUGGACUUCCAGAUUUUGGCCUGUUCAGGGUGCUGGUUGAGGCAGUCCCUUGGGAAGCAGUACUGAGGGGCAAGGGGUGCAGGAAGGCUGGACGUUCUCCAAGAACAUCUGAAAAGCACAGGAACAGGCCAGCCCAAUGUGCCAUAAGACAAGCCAGCAGGGAAGAAAGCUGGCCUGGGUGAACAGGGAGCUUCUGAUUGAACUCAAGGGGAAAAAAAGCAAUAAAAAAAUUACCAGCUUUGGAAGUAGGGGUAAGUGGCUCAGGAGAAUUACAAGGCUGUCAUUAAGUUAUGCAGGGAGAAAGUCAGAAAGGCCAAGGGCCCAGCUAGAAUUUAAUCUGUCAAAUGCCACAAGAGAUAACAAAAUUUUUUUUCUGAAUACAUUAAUAACAUAGAGCCAAGGAGACUCUCCGUCCUUUAUUGCAUGUGAGGGGAAACAUUGCCACCAAGGAUGAGGGAAAGGCUGAGGUACUUGAUGCCUUCAUUCUUUCAGUCUUUAAAUGAAAGACUAGUUAUUAUCAGGGUGUCAAGCCCCCUAAGCCAGAAGAAAGGGACAGGAUGGCCCCCUUGUAAUCCAGGAGGAGACAGUGACCUGCUGCUCCACUUAAAAUUGCACCAUCUGUGGCACCAGGUGGGAUCCACUCAAAGGGACUGAGGGAGAGGGUGGACGAGCUGCUCUCCAUCAUUUACUGGCACCCCUGGUGAACUACAGGAGCUCAGGACCUCUGAACAAUGAACCAAUAAGAUUCCACAGAAGCCAUUUAUUGUUUAUAUUACACAUCUAUUUAUACAUUCUAAAACUACUGUUCACACAAUCAUGCAUCUUUUCAUUGGUGCCCAUAUCCUCACACUCUGCACACACCCCUUGGGGCACAGGAUUGGUUAUUGGUCCAGGUGUUCAGCCAUCCUCUGUUAUCUCUUGUGGUCCUGCUUUCUUGUUUUUCAGCCUCUUCUUUCUUAUUUUUAGAAUAGCUUAUGUCUCAGCAACCUUGAGAAAUUCUAUAGGGUCUGAUAAUAAACUCUAAAUACGGCCUGGCUGGAGCACAUCAUGGCCCAAGCUGUUCAGAUGCAUUACUACAGUGAACUGGGGAAGUCCCAGAAGACUGAGGGUUAGCCAGUGUAACACUCAUCUACAAGAAGGCUGAAAGGAGGAUCUGAAGAGCCACAAGCCCAUGAGCCUGACCUUGAUACCAAGGCAGGCUGUGGAACAGAUGAUACUGAGCAUGACCAGACAGGGGGCCUGGCCCAGCCAACACACAUUCAUGAGAGUCAGGUCCUGUUUAACAAACCCGAUCCCACAAAUUUCUGACUGUCCAAGUGUAACAGAAUUACUGACCAUUUUCCCUUCCUCUUGGGUUGCUGUUUAUUGUAUUCAGGGAAGGUGAUUGAAACGUAAUGAUGUUGCCAUGUCUGGCUACCUGAUUUUCUGUUUGGGGUCAUUUCUUAAGUCCAUCAUUGAUAUUCUCUGUUGCAAAUAACAGAGCCUGUAGAUAUUUUUUUCUGGACAGCUUCAGUGAGAUGCCAUCAUAUCUAUGGUUGCUUUGUGUACAGUGAUCUGGGAAUCAGCAACUAUCAAAGCUGCCAUAUCAUUUCUUCCCACAAUCUGUUUACUUUUUGUUGUAGAAACUUGCUAAUCUCAUUCUCUGACUCUUUGCUGUGGCUUUCUUUUAAUGCAUCUUAUCCCACAGAGUGUCUAUCCAUCAUUUCAUUACAGCUAUGCAAGAGGGUGUUUAUACUGCUUUCAUUUCAGGAGAAAACUUAGUUCUAAACCUAUUGUUAGUGAACUAGAUACUGCAGGGUUCAUUCUGGAAAGGUGAAGUUGUGAUAAAUACAGAAGAUGUAGUUAAGAGACACAUGCCUUAAAUGUCCUAUGCCUUCAGCUGCAGUAUUUUAUUGAUUUGAUAUACUACAUUUACAAUAUUUGCUCUCCUCUUACCUCAAAUUUUCACACAUGCUUGGUCUGCCAUCUUCUCAGAAUUCAAGAGGAAGGAGCUCUAAAGUUGUUGGUAAAAUGCUAAAAACUAAUUCCCCUAAAUACUAGGGGAAUUUGCUGGUGGAUACAUGCCUGUUGGGCACCUUGGUGUCUCUAUGCCUAUAAAGUCACAUACUGAAUGCUGCUAUUGUUGAAUCUCACCUCUUCUACUUUCAUUAGUAAUGUAAAUCUGGAGAAAAUUAGGAUCUUCAGCUGUUUUUUGGUGGGUCCCCAAAGUACUCUAUCAGGCUGCUUGUGAUUGGUGAUAUUUAUUGUUCCAGACUCUUAGCAGCUACCUAGGUAUGCAGCAGUACUUUGCUGGACCUUUUCCCCUCCUGUUUUUUGUUACCGAAUUUGUAGCAAAUUUACAAACAGCUCCUUAGGUGUUUUGCACUUCCUAUGUCCACACAGUUGCUUGAAAGGACAUCACUAAUCUCAAAGGUAUUUGGUUUGUUCCACUGAAGACAAUAGGGGCUGGUGCAAACACAUUUUCCAAGGCUAACUAGAGCUGUGUUGCUGCAUUUGUGCUGGAUGUACAUUCAAACAUAGCUUUUACAGUUAUAUAAAAGUGUAUAUAUAUAUAAAAAUAUAUUUAUUUGUGGUUAUAUAUAUAUAGUUAUAUACUACCAUAAAGUAGUUGAAGUCUUGAUAAAAAUACACAACAAUGACAAGAGUAAUAAAACAAAGAAAGAAGUGAAGCUUCUUUCUGAACUAUACCAUGGUGUACUUUCAUUUAGCCCAUGAAGCCUGGAAGUUCAUGACAAAUUCUGGCUGAUCUCUACCAGAUCUCCAGCCAGCCCCAGGCUCAACUCUUCCAGUGCUGGGUCCCUUGCUGCAAAAGCUGCCACUCUCUGCUUUGCUACCCCAACAGUACUUUUCUUAAAUCCAGAAGGAUAUUUUUUGUGACCAGAACUGCAUGAAUGAAAGUUGGCUUGACCACAAGAGGGCACAGCUAUUACUUGAAAAUGUUGGGAUCAACCAAAGCAUCUUUCCCAGCUUAAGAUGCAAAACCAUCCCUAGCCAGUUUCUCUACAUGUUCUGAGGUGCAACAAAAAUUACAUUGCAAAUCCAUUUUAGUUAAUAGUAUAUUACGUAUCUAAAGAUACACGUGUAUUUGCUAAUAGUUAGAUCAUCUCUUUGCACCUUCUUUCCUGUAAUUUUCUUUCUAAUUUGCAGGCCUAUUCAGCUUCAUAGGUGAAAUUUCCUAAUUACAUAGGUAUAAGUUGUAUCAAUUAAAUCCUAUAAGGGAAACAAUAGUGAAGUUCUUAUUGACAUCCUCCAUUUGUAUUCUGUUUUUGAAGCAACACUUGCACUUCUGCGAUAUGGACAACCAUAGUUUUCCUGUAAUCAUCUGAUCACUUCUGGCUAUAACAUUUCUUUGUAUAGUAAGAUUUAGGCCUGGAAUUUUUGAGACCUUCUGCAGAACUCAUGCUCUGAGAAUUACACAGUUCUAAUGUAAUUAUGUAGGAACAAUCCUAAUUGUUUUCAGUGCAAAGUGAGAAUGUAACAUUUCAUUCUCUGACAUCACUAAAUUCAUGCCCUUAAAAAUUUUUUACAAUUAAUUUCUUCCUUUUGUUAUCGCUAUUUGAACUGUCGUGUAGACAAUACAAUGUUUUAUAAUAUCACUCAAUAAUGAAUAUUUUUUCUCAUGAGGAAUGAUUUCCCAGGUUUCAGGGACUUUUGAAUAUCUGCUAUUACAAUUUGAAAGGUUAAGGAUUGCAGGAAUGCAGGAUGCUUUUUUUGCUUCAAAUUAGUUUGCUUCAUGCACAAUUCAUGUUGUACCAUCAGUCAAUCAUUCAAUUAUCAUCUAGUUUGGGCUGUUGCCCUUUUUUGCUGUACGUGAUUUUGCUACCAAGGAAAUAUGAGUGAAGAUAGUCAUGUAGGGCAGGAAAGCACUUUGCUCAGGGCAGGGCGCACUAAAAGUAGGCGUGAGCAUGUGCUCAUCUAGCAGCAGCAGACUGGUGGCAGUGCUUGCACGGUGGAGUUAAGAGAUCAUCUGUGGUAGCAGCCCUGCGUCUCCUUCCUUUGUUUUAUCCCUUUUGGUUUUGGAACAAGGGAUCCUUGAUGAUAUUUCAAUAACAGGGUUUAAAUUGUACAGAGAAGCGUCUCUGAAUAUUUUGCAGGUUUUUUUGGGCACAUUUUUGUUUGCAUAUUUCAAGCCCUAUAUUGCUUAACGUGGCUUUUAAAUUAAUAACCAAGGCCACGAAAAUGAAAGGCAGCAUUUUCAUGGAAAGCACCAGGGCAGAAAAGGCCUGGUGUCCUCGGGACCACAAGGUGACCAGGAGACAGCGGAUGUGCCCACAGCCAGUGGAACAUAGCCUGCAAGGUCAUGGGGCAUGAUCCUUGCCCACCACCCAGGUGAGUGGUGAUGAGACACAGCUGGAGGGCUGAUUCUGGAAUCCCAGGAUGAGGGAGGCGUGUCCGUACUGGAGCAAGUCCGGCAAAGGGCCACUGAGGUGAGAAGGGGACUGCAGCGCACGGUGCAUGAGGAGAGGCUGGGAGAGCUCUGCUGGCUUUUCUUGGACUAGAGCAGGCUGGGCUGUGUGGUCAGGGUGUGCAAACACCUGACUGAAGGUGGGUGGGUAAAGGACACAAGCGACUCUGUUCAAUGCAGCAAUGGCAGGAGACCCAAUGGGCACAAAUUGAACCGUGGCAAGUUAGAAUGAAAGGAAUGGUGGUGAAACACUGGAUCUGGUAGCCCAGAGCGGUUGUGGUGGAGUCCCUGUGCUGGUACAAGAGUUGUCCUGAGUCUGUCCAUGGUGCUGCUGUGCAUGGAGGGAUUUGGGGAGAGGAGGGGGGUCUGGGAUGCUACAGAGCAAAAUUUGUUUCAGGCAGCUGAGGAGGAACUGUGGUAAACUCUAAAUUUUGUGGCUGUACUGAUAAAGGAGGGAUUUAUGACUGUACCAGCGUGUCUCAUGCAAGGGAAGGUCUGCCACCCUUGAUCACAGGGACAAGGGGGGAACUGUCAUAGGAUGAGGGAUACCUGAAUGUGGCAAAGUCCUUCAAUGAGGUCCCUGGCAUAUGAGGGAGUAUGCCCUAGUGAACGAGUGAAGUAUUAGGUAAGAGAGUGUAUUUCCAAGGGGGUGUUCUAUACUUAGGGCUUGGGGUGGGAGCAGGCAGCUCUAUGGAAGGAUCAGCUCAGUUAUUGUGACAGCCCCAGGAGCAGGGUGAGUGCUGGGAAUUCUUAGCAAAGGAGGAAAAAAACCCCAAUCCAUUUACCUACCACUCUAAAGCUUAAAGGAUAGUAACAGUGAGGUUUCAAUUUCCUUCUCUUUAUUUAAAUUACUUUUUAACUAACUGGUUUGUUCACAGUGCAUCUGUGUGACCUUUGCAUCAGCUACUGACUAGAUAAAUGGCGUUGCAUCACCCCCUUCUAUUUUACCCUUGUGUUUCGACUGCAUGUACUCACUGUUCCUUUUCAGAAGAAGGGGGUGCCAAACCAUAGAGUUGCUGGCAUCCUCACAGACUUUAAUUUCUUAAACAUUUUUUCAGCUGGACAGGGAAUUCUGUGGCAUCUUGAAAAAGAUGGGACAGGCUGUCAUAGGAGAGCAAGCUAUGGCUGGAGAGAGAAUGCUCAGGAUGCCCAGCUGCCUCCUAAAGCCCACCAGGGUCAUGCUGAGCCACAAGCCCUGGGCCCUGUUUAUCCUCAUCUUUGUGUUUGUAUCCUUUGCCUACCACAAGUUGUAUUCGAAUAUCUGGGAGGACCCAAAGAGCAGAGGCCCCCCCUAUGGCUCGUCUGCUGAAAUCAGCUGUGCUCACUAUGUGCCUUCUUCCCUCAACAUUGCUGGUGGGCCCUCUCCUUCUACAGGAAGUGUGUUUUUUGUGGAGACCUCAGAGCAAACUACCCCAAGUUACCUGUUCUCAUGCUCUGUGGAGUCAGCGGCCAGGGCACACCCUGCAUCAAGAGUCGUGGUGCUCAUGAAAGGCUUGGCCAAAGAGAAUGUCUCCUUACCCAAGCACUGGGCUUUCUCCUUGCUGAGCUGCUUCCCCAACGUGGAAAUCCAGCCCCUGGACUUGACAGACCUCUUUUCUGGAACACCUCUAAAAAGGUGGUACAUGUGGCCUCUACGCCACUGGGAGCCUCAUUUUUUACCUGUCCUCUCUGAUGCCUGCAGGAUUGUCCUCAUGUGGAAAUUUGGUGGCAUCUACCUGGAUACAGAUUUCAUUGUGCUUAAGGACUUACAGAACCUCACCGAUGCACUCGGGAUUCAGGAUGACGUUGAACUGAAUGGGGCCUUUCUGUCCUUUAAGCCCAAACACAAGUUCAUGGAGCUUUGCAUGCAGGAUUUUGUGCAGAAUUACAAUGGCUGGGUCUGGGGCCACCAGGGCCCAAAGCUCCUAACUCGUGUCUUCAAGAAGUGGUGCUCCAUCCAGACUAUCAAGAGCAUGAGCUGCAAAGGUGUGAGUGCUCUUGCCCCAGAAGUUGUUUAUCCCAUUCCCUGGCAGGACUGGAAGAAAUUGUUUGAGCCAGUCAGUGCCUUGGAGCUUCGCAAACUCCUGAAGAACACCUAUGCAGUUCACGUAUGGAACAAACUGAGCCACGGGACCAAGUUAGAGAUCCCCUCCCAGGCUCUGCUGGCUCAGCUCUAUUCCCAGUUCUGCCCUGCCACCUACACAAAGAUGAAACAGGACUCUGAAGAGUUGUCAAGGCGUGCUGUGUGACCUGAGGGCCCUUGGCUGCAGAGAUGUUCACCGGACUGAAGGGAACCGAGUGCCUUUGACAUUCUCCAGAGUUGGUGUCUAGAUCCCAGAGCAGGUGUUCUGCAUGACAGCUCUGUGGUUUUGUACCAUUUCUGAUCUCUGCCUCCAAUCCUUUGAGUUUCAAAUUUAGAGCAGAACCUGAGUUCAGCCUCUCUUGCUGUCCCUCAGGAGACCUCUUGCUGCAAGGGAGGUUGAACUUGUUCUUCAGCAUCCCUCCACUGGUCCUCUCCUGGUUU